UUCUGUUUACUAUAUAGAUCGACGAAGUUUGGUCUCAGCUCAUUUAAAUAUCCAUAAUCCGAUUUAGUUGCUUUUACUUUCUCAGCCUCAGUGACUUUCUUUUACUGAAAUCUGAAAGAAACUUGGAUUGCGAGCACUUUAGAGCUCAUUUGUUUUAGAGUUAUCUUGAAGUGCCUGUUUCGGAAUCAGAAGGGUAGUGUACAGUGAAAAUCAUUCAACAAUCAAGAGUUCACCAAGAUCAUCGUCGUGAUCGAGGGCAAGCUUCGAGGGCUCUCUUCGCCAGCUUGGCCAACUGUCAGAUAGUAUUUACCUUGGCAGUAUGUCGCAGAAGGAGAGAACCAUGUCUGGGACAACAGAAACACACAUGUUUUUGCACAAGACAGGGCUCCUAAAGGACAAAGAACAACUGGUGAUUUGCAAGCUAGCUUCACUUGGCAUUGGGGAGCGUCCAGAGAUUCAUAUAUUCACCGAUGGAUCUGGAGAACCAAAUUCUGUCGUCAAAGUAAGGUCCUGUGCGGCCGUCCAAAAGGGCGACCUUGUCCCGAAGAUCGUCAAGGCAAAGUACGACAACUACAUCUGCAUCACUGGUAAUGGUAGCGUGGGUAAAUAUACAUACUUACGCACACAAACAAGGGAGCAGAGGGACGAGUGGUGCAGCCAACUACAGGCCUUGAUGUCCAUCAAAACCACACCCAACCAACAGCCAUCGCAGCCAUCGCAGCCCUAUCGAGAGAGAACACAAACAGAUGCUUCCUCCCAUAGACCGCCCGUGUCUCGUACUCGGAAAGGAGCCCCCAUCACAGCACCUGGCAACAUGCAUGGGAUCUUUCACGAUGAGCUAGACAAAGUCGUUAAGAAGAGGGGCAAUACAUCAGAACCUAAUGAGGAGACUGACGACAGCCAAGUCUGCUGUGGACGUCAUCACGUGGAGGCUGGGGCGUCGCACGACGCCAGCUGUCAGGAUACAUACGAGAACGUUCAUAAUGUUCAGAAUGAGGAUGGUUGGCGUAGACAGCAGCAAACCUCCAAGCAGGCCCUCAAAAAGACACAAGAACUGUACCAAGAUUUCCAUCAGACAAAAAUGCUUCAGGAAAAGCCUGACCAGUUUGAGAACCUGUACGAGAUUCCAGAAUUUCCAUGGGAUCCCUUACCCGAAAGUUUUAACCGUCUCUCCGGCUGCAGUACUUCGUCCGGAGAAUCCGAAGGAGGUGCUUCGGUCAUGUCAGCUCCUCAGAGUCUUCACAGCUGUAAAGAACCAACAGAGAGCAGUUGGCCACCAAGUCCUACACCAUCGGAUGAUUCAGAGCCCGAAUGUUCUGAGAUAAACCCUCCAAGCUUACAAACAUGUUCAAGAGAACUGCCAGGAGGAAGAUUUCCACACCAAAAGGAACCCGAGGCUGGUUUGUGGCUGGAUGAACAGAUCUAUGAAAAUACGUCCGUCAUUCAGAGACGGCCCAGAACUGACUCUAGAACCACAAAACCAUCACGAUCAGGCUUUAUAUGGGAUGACGUUAAUCCCCAUCUCCAACAGUUUAAAGCCACGAUGAUUGAAAUACAGUGCAAGAAACUUAAAGAGGAGAAGCUAUCGUCGACGGCUACAGUACGUGUCGCCAAAACUAUCAUCGUUCGGAACUUGUCACAGCUAUCGCUCAAAGAAAUCAGAGACAGUAUUUUAGUUAUGGAUAUUCCUCUCGAACUCAAGGAUUACUUCCGGGUAGGUGACCAGUGGUUGAAGGUCAAUGAUAAUAUGCUGAAAAACGUCCACUUUGCCCGAGACUGUGUUCGAAUGUCAGACAAACCGGAGAUCGAGAUCACGCUAAAGAGAAUCCCGUUUGGAGCAAUCUGUGACUUCCCAUGGACUUCAAAUAAUGUUGACGACAUAGGGCUGAAACUCCGCGGAAACGAGAUUGAGCAGGUAUCUCCGAAGGGUCUGGCUCAUUGCAGAGGAUCUCUACAGUCAAACGAUAUCGCGUGUCUGAACAGUGCAGGCUUGAGAUGCAACUGCGUCAUCACUGAAGUCAACUUUGACUGCGUCCACCCCGAUGCAUCCACGGAACAGGUAUGGGAGAUGAUCAAGAAGGCAGACGGCAUUGUCAUUCUCAUGCUCCAUCCCGUGGACUUCCGUACCGUUCAGAGGGGUUUCGACAUCGACGGAAACGACGUGUACGAAAACGUAGGUCGAUCUAGCAACAUGCGCAAUGGAACUUCAGAGAAGUCCUACAAAAUGGCUUACAACCACAUAAUAUGACAACUGUUGGUGUAAGAUCAUUCACUAAAGACCCUCAAAGAAGCUACAGGGGGGCUAGAACAAGAGUGCACCAGAAAAAUGAACAAUUACACAAGAACAUCGUAUCUUAAGUGAUUCAUGCAUUUGCGUUAUGGAAUUUUAGAGGAGCUACACAAUGGGUGACAACAACAUUAUAUAACAAGCUCCGAACAUAAUAGGUCAUUUAAUGAACACGAUGUUUCUAACUUCAGAGGAACUACAACAUGGACGCACCAGAAAAAUGCAAGAUGAAAACAUCUGCAUCUUAGGUCAUUCUUAUCUAAAAUGCUUCAUUGAACUUUGGGGGAGCUACAAAAUAGCUGAAAGGGGCCUAAUGGAAAUGUGCAUUAUGGGUCAUUAAAUGAACACGUUGAAUGAAAAUUCAGCAGGGCUACAACAUGGACGCGCAACAA